UUAAAUAUAAUAUAGACAAAAUGAUUGCCAAGCUGCGCAAGAUUUAUCCCAGUGGAAAGGUGGUUAGCCAUUCCCUCGCUCCCUGCUCCACAGCGGAUCUGAACAAUGCUGAACUUGUUUCCAAUGUCAAGAAAAGGCGAGCCGAAUAUCUCGUCGAACGAAUGCAGCGACUGCUGCUCUUUCUGACCGUCUUCCUUCUGUUUCCCGUGGUGAUCUUCGUCAUCUUCAAGUUCUUGAUUAUGGAGCCGCUCUACGGAAACAGCGAUGACAAUGUGGGCAUUGGAUCCGGCGUAGCCACGGUAAUUGUGAUGCAUGUCCUGGUCACGGGCUAUAUCCUGCGCCUGAUCUUCCUUCAAGAGAUUUCGAGCAUGGAGAAGCUGGAGUGGGAAGUUCUGAUGCCACCAAACACCCAAAUUCAUGGAUCCGUGUUCAUUGUCCUGCUGCUGAUGUCCUACUGUUCCCUAAUAAUUGGCUUUCCCAUAGCCACCUUUUUUGCCCUGAAAUUUGUGGUGCUCAAGAGCUAUGCCCAUAUCAAUGCCGAUAUUAUUUCGACCAUUUGCACCGUAGUUGCAGUUCAUGCAGCAGUUGGCUUUUACAUCUACCGAGCCAUCUAUGCAAAGAGUGUGACGGCCAAAAGCGCCAAAAUAUCUCUGUAAAAUAAUUGUAUCUCCACCUUUCGACUAUCUUUGAUAUGCCAAUACAUCACAAUACUUUCUUCUGUAUAUAUCUUGAACACUUCCUGCUUUCAUCAUGUGGCUGACAUAUUUUUCGUGAAAAUUGUAUUCGUAUUCGCCAAUGCGAAAAAAUGCU